AUGGCGGACCAAUCACCAAUGAUUUUAGCGCAAGCGAAGACGACAGACGACGUAGAUUUUAACCACGGAAUUAAGUCUACUAUAGCGAACGUAUAUGGCGAGGAUCCCAGCAACUACAGUGAUCCUGUCGCCGCACUCAAUCGAUACAGACAGGAUGCAACGAGAGGAGCUACUACAGAUGCAACUGGACGUGAUCUAUUACAAAGUUAUUAUGGACAGCUUGAAAUGCUCGAAUUGCGAUUUCCAGAGUUGAGAGUUAUGUUUAAUUGGCGGGAUGUCUUCACAGCCCAAGAAAUCUCACAGCAUUCGCUAGCAUAUGAGAAAGCCUCGAUUUUGUUCAACUUGGCUGCCACCUAUUCUGUAUUGGGAUCCUCAUCUAAUAGAACUGAUCCUGAAGGUAUAAAGAAGGCUUUCUAUAAUACAAGGGUCGCAGCAGGUCUAUGGGAUUACAUCGCAAACAAUUUCCUCCAUGCACCUUCUACUGAUCUUAGCAGAGACGUUGUCAGAUUCUUGAGUGCACUUAUGCUUGCACAAGCUCAGGAGAUUUUUUUGGAAAAGACAAUAGAAGAAAAAACGCGCAAUGGCAACGUUGAUGGCAAAUCCAUGGGUAUUGUCGCCAAGUUAGCCUCUCAAUGUUCAUUCCAGUAUAAUGCAUUAAUCGAACCUGUUCGUGAGAAUGUCAACAAGGGUAUAUUUGAUAGACAUUGGGCCAGCGUAAUACAUAUUAAAACCAAAUACUUUUCGUCUCAAACUCAAUAUUUCCGUGCUAUGGUCGACAAAGCCGCAGGUAAGCAUGGCGAGUCAAUUGCCAGGAUAAAUCUUGCAGAGUCACUCGCGAAGGAGGCAUAUAGACUUGGUGCAACGUUCAACACAUUUUUCGCACCAUGUGAUACCUUGCCUGCAGACGUCUCAAGUAUUCUAACAACACUCUGUAAAUCACACCAAACUAAGUGUGCAGAGUAUAAGGAUGAGAUUGUCAAAGAAAAUGAUCUCAUCUUCCACGAACCAAUACCCGCCGAAAAUGUUUUAGCCGUAGUUGAAAAAUUGAAUGCAGCAAAUGCCGUAACGAUUACAGAUAUAUAUCAAAAUCCUGAAGUACAAAGGAGCAUCGGUGCUGAUUUGUUUGCUAGUCUCGUACCAUUUUCUGUCCAUGAGGCUGCCUCAAUUUAUAGUGAAGAGAAGGCUAAGAUUAUAAGAAGUGUUACUGAGAAAGUGGAGAUAGCUGACACCGAACUUGAGGCUGCUAUUGAAUAUCUUGGUUUACCUGGAUCACUGAGGAAGUUUGUUAGUCCGUCGAACAAUAUCAAUUAUGAUAUUAGCAGUGAAGUGAAAGAAUUAUCACGUGUAAUUGAAACUCAGGAGGCCUCUGGUGGCUUGACUAAGAAGCUCAGUUCAAUAGCUAGCAAGAGAGAUCAGAUAACGUCUGAUUUACAAUGGAUCUCCAAUGAAUUAGACAUCGAAUCCAAAGAAUGCGAACAAGCGAGGAUGAAAUACCCAGAUUUCUCUCAAUCUCCAUCCGCCAGACAUACCAAAGAAUGGCGUCAACAGCUUAAAGCACACAACAGUGGACUUGAAAAAGCGGGAAGCUCAGAUGCCUCCAUUAAGCAGGUAUAUCAGUACAUCGAUGAUGAUGUUAGAUUAUUGGCUGAUUCAGCUGCUGAUAUUGAGGACGACGAUAGUGAGCUAGCACUAGUCGUUAGAGACUAUGUAUUACACCUACGCCCAUCCGAUUCACGUCAAGAGUCGCUUCUGGAUGUGGAUGUAGGUGUUGAAGAGAGUACCGAGGUUGAAUCUCAACAAAUGCAAGCCCACGCGCGUGAAAUAGCUAGAUUACUUGAAUUACUGAAGGGUCUCAAAAAACAGAGAAGUCAACACAUACAAGUGUUGCGUCAGAAGAUUCAAAAUGAUGAUGUAUCACAUCUUCUCAUUCUCAAUAGAAAGGCACAACAGGUAGAGUCGGACAUGUUUGGAUCCGAAUUGGAAAAAUUCAAAGAUGAUCAAAAGAUGAUUGACAAUUCGAUUUCCGAACAAUUAAAACGGUUGGAGGAAUUAAAUGGAUCCUGGUUGAGAUUGACGAGCACAACUCGCGCUAAAGACAUCCAUAACAAGCACUCUGAAAGUGAUAGACGUCGCAAGGAAAUUCUCAAGAAGUUCAAAAAGGCCGGUGAUACAUAUUUUGAGGCAGCUGACGGUGUUAAUAGGGCGACAGUGUUCUAUGAUGAUCUUGAACAAGUCGUUAACCAACUCAAAAAGGAUGUGGGAAGCUUCGUCAAUAAGAGAGCCAAAGAGCGCGUUCAAGCUAUUGUAGACGCCGAAGCAGGAUCUCGCAACAGUGGGGGCAUAGCAAGCUCAUUUGAGAGCGAAUUUGGCAGAAUCAAUUUACAAACUCCACAUCGUCCUCCUAAGCCUGGAGUAUCACCACCUCCUGCUACGUCGCCAUCGCCUUCAUAUGCAUAUGGAGGUUUACCACCACCACCAGCUCAACCACAACCGAGUAUCUAUCAGAGUCUCUAUGGACAACAGACACAAGCGCCACCACAGAUGCAGCCACCUCCACCUAAGCCAUCAUCACCACAAUAUGUUGGUCCUGGUUAUAGUGCUCCACCUCAAAGUCCACCAUAUCCUCAACAGACGCCUUCACCAUAUAACGUUCCGCAGCCUCCAAAUCCGUCACAAUCACAUAUGCUUUAUCAACAGAGCCAAUCACCUUAUGGACCAUCACAGAAUGCUUAUCAAAUGCCACCACAAACCUAUCAACAACCAUCACAACAACAACCACAGCAACAAUACUAUCAACAACCUCCAGCUCCACCUCAGAAUUACCCAUACUAUAGAUGA